GGAGGUCACGUGACCACGUAGCAGCUGCAGGGCUGAGAGGGAGAGAGAGAAAGAGUCUCACAGAGGAGCAGAAAGACGACGAGCAGGAGGAGAACAGUGAGUGGGAGGGUAUGAACCAUGAGUCCAAUAAAUCAUCAUCAUUAGGAAUGAUCUCCACGGCAACUCGCACCACGGCUACUGUCAGUCCCCUCAGCCCACUAACCAAUGGGAACGCAGUUGCCCAAUCUACGAACUCUGGAUUCGCUGCUGCUCUGCGUAAACUGGCCAAACAGGCAGAGGAUCCCAGAGGUUCUGCCCUCAGCGGUGAGUCGUCUCCAGUCUCUUCCCCGGCCACCAGCCACAGCUCGCCAGUCACCACUCCGAAGCGGGGCUCUUUAGGACCCCUCCUGGGACAAACCAGGGGCCACGGUGUCCCCAGUACUCCUCCAGUGGUCACCAUUGCUCCCACCAAGACCAGCAACGGCCUGUGGAGAGCUGACGGACGACAGGUUGAGCCGGGUGUUCAGGGACUCAGCCGGGAGAGGGUGAGUGCUGAGAACACACAGUUGCAGCAGGACAAGAGGACUCCACCUACCCCGUCGCCUCACCCCCUGGCUCACCCAUUUGGCCUCACUCCCAGCUCCAUCAUGCAAAACUCCAGAAUACAGAGCCUUAGCAGUUUGCCGGGGCAGAUGCACCCUGUGGUUCCCUCAGGCGCCAUCCCAGAGGAAUACCUGAGAGCACUUCGGCCAUUCGCCACCUCAGAUGACCUCCGGUUGACCUCUUUACCUCUGACCCUCGACCCUGCUGCGGCCGCCCAUGCUGCAGCAGCUGCUGCUUACUAUCAUCCUGCCUACCUGCACCACCCUCUGUCUUUACCAAGGAUGGAGGAGUCACUGUGUCUCUCUGCGCUGCGGUCACAGUUCUACUCUGUGCCUGCAGGGGGCGCCUUCUCUCCUCUCCACCCCUCUGCCCUCCACCUGCACCUGCCUGGAGGCCGCUACCCUGCAGAACUAAACCACACAGCACUGGCGGAGAGGUAA